GAGGUGCGGCAGGCGCGGCUGGGACGCGAGGUGGGCGGGGGCAGGCCGACGGCGGGAGCGAGCAGGAAGUGAGCCCGGGCCGCCCGGAGGAAGCCGUCUGGGCCAGUGCUGCUGCCCACAGGCCCGAGCCGCUGGGAGACAUGGAGGAGGCCAGUGGAGGUGGAGGAAAUGAUCGUGUGCGGAAUCUGCAGAGUGAGGUAGAGGGUGUCAAGAAUAUUAUGACCCAGAAUGUGGAGCGGAUCCUGGCUCGAGGAGAAAACUUGGACCAGCUCCGCAACAAGACAGAGGAUCUAGAAGCCACAGCAGGCAAAGAGUUGGAGCGGUGCCAGCAGCAGGCGGAUGAGGUGACAGAAAUCAUGCUCAACAACUUCGGCAAGGUCCUGGAACGUGAUGGGAAACUUGCGGAGCUGGAGAAGCGUUCAGAUCAACUCCUGGACAUGAGCUCAGUCUUCAGCAAGACAACCAAGACCCUGGGCCAGAAGAAGCGCUGGGAGAACAUCCGCUGCCGGAUCUACUUGGGGCUGGUGGUGGGUGGUGGCCUGCUCAUCAUCCUGAUUGUGCUGCUGAUCAUCUUUGUCCCACAAAGCAGUGCAGGCAGCAGUGCCCCACAGGCCCAGGACGCAGGCACUGCCCCAGAGCCUGGGGAUUGACCCAGCUGGGCUUGGAAGAGAGGCCGAAUAGCUUCACUGACUGGUUCUGGUCUCCAGAGAACCCUGGCGUUUUUUCCCAUCUGAGCCACCCCAGUGAGCGCUGAAGGGCAGCUCUGAUGUGUGUACCUUUGCAUCUCCUAUCACGUCACAGAUUGGCCCUUGAGGGCAGACUGCUAUGCGGCCAUGCCAGGCCAGCCCCACCUGGAGCUCAUUAAAAGCCGCUGUUUGGUUAAAA